AUGGGCUCUAUUCAAGAUCUCCCUGUUGAGGAACAUUGUGUGGGAAACAAUUCACUCAACCUCUCGAGCAAUGGCGGCACGAAUGGGAGUCUUCUGCGGUCUUUUGAGGUCGCAAACUUGGCGUCACACCAUGGACUCACCCCGACUGGUAUGAGGGACGAAGUUUUGCUUCUGUCGUGGCUCUUGGUGCUGUACCGCACCCGUGAGCGAGACCAGGUUCGGUGUCAAUGGGCCUACCGACUAGAGCCCCAUGGCUAUGAGAGUGUACAACCUCCUCAGGACCUCUCUUUAGACGACUUCUUAGAAGGUUCUCCAAGCAAUAUCCAACAAACCACAUCAGCUGUCUCCCAAUAUCUGGCGACAAUUAGACGGUCUGUGGAUGUAGCCGAACCUGUAUCGCUCCUUCUGAGUACGGGUCCUCUCGACUACAUUUCUCAAGAUCUCGAAGAUGGAAUACUCCAUCUUCAAGUCACUUUUAGGGAUGAUCGACUAGAAAUUGUGCCUGUAUGGCAGUCUGAAAAUAUGCUCCCAUACACAGUUACUCGACACAUCGAAACAUUAGUUGAUAUUAUGAAAAUGUGUCUUGCUAAUGGCGAAGCGACGAUAGAGGACUGCAUUCAACCUACAGACCAUGAUAUGCAAACGAUAUGGAAGUUGAACCAUUCACUACCGCCUUCUUACCAGUUUUGUAUGCACGAUCUCAUUUCAGAACGGGCUCGGAAAUGCCCUGACAAAGUGGCAAUAUGUUCUUGGGAUGGUGACCUGACCUACGCCCAGAUCGACCAAUUCUCAACAUACCUUGCUCAUAAUCUCAGGGACAUGAGUGUCAAACUGCAUGAUGUCGUACCUAUCUGCUUCGAGAAAUCGAGAUGGACAAUCGUGGCCGUGUUGGCGGCAAUGAAGGCAGGUUCCACUUUUGUGCUCAUGGAUCCGACAUUGCCUCUUGCACGCCUACAAAAUACCGCAGUUCAAGUUGGUGCUAAACUCAUGCUGGCAUCUCGACAACAAAAGGACCUAUCAAAGUUGAUUUUACCUGAGGGACGACUCCUUGUUGUGGACAGCCUGGCGUUCGAGGGUCUGAUUGAUGUUGAGAGAAGGCCAGAACUUCCACCUGUUCCACCGUCUGCACUGAUGUACAUCAUAUUCACUUCUGGAAGUACCGGGGUUCCAAAAGGUGUCAUGCUCUCACAUGAAACCUACACAAGUAGUGCCAUCCCCCGGGCCGAGGCGGUUGGCUACAAAGAGCACUCUAGGGUUCUGGACUUUGCCUCUUACGCUUUCGACGUCAGCAUUGAUAGCAUGCUCUGCACCAUAUCGCAAGGCGGUUGCCUCUGCAUCCCAUCCGACGAAGAAAGGAUGAACGAUAUCAACGGGGUAAUGCGCAAAAUGAAGGUCAACUACGCAGGCUUGACGCCUUCUGUGGGCCGCAUAUUGGAUGCCGACGUGAUAGAGUCACUCGACAUGCUAGGUCUGGGAGGAGAGGCUGUGACUGCGAGAGAUGUCACUCGUUGGGGGAAAGUUACCAGAAUCGUGAUCGGCUACGGGCCAUGUGAAUGUACAAUCGGCUGUACAGUCAACAGCAGCGCAGCCACCGGCAGAGACUACAUCUCCAUCGGUAACGGUACAGGUGCUGUUAUGUGGAUCGUUGAUCCCAGUGAUCACGAAAAGCUGAUGCCAGUUGGGGCGACUGGCGAACUACUAGUGGAAGGCCCUAUCGUGGGACAGGGCUAUCUCAACGAUCCCGCCAAAACUGCUACCGCUUUCAUCGAAGAUCCAGCAUGGCUUGUCUCAGGCUACAAGUCUCAUAAUGGUCGACGUGGACGGCUGUACAAGACUGGAGAUCUUGGGAAGUACGACCCUGAUGGUUCUGGAGGCAUCGUCUUUGUUGGACGAAAAGACACCCAGGUCAAACUGCGUGGCCAGCGUGUCGAGCUCGGGGAGAUCGAGUACCAGCUCAACAUGAUUCUACCCCCUGCUACUAAUGCUAUUGCAGAGGUCGUCAAAUCCAACGGAGCCGAUGGUCAAGCUACAUUGGUUGCCUUUGUUGCACCACAUGCUCCAAGAAACAAUGAAGGGGACUUGCAGAUAGUUCAACCAAGCGACAAGCUCCGCAAUGCGCUCUCCAGGGCCGACGAUGAAUUGUCGAAAGUCCUACCGCGCUAUAUGGUCCCGACGACAUAUAUCCCCCUAAACUACAUCCCGGUUCUGAUCUCGGGAAAGACCGAUCGCAAGCGGCUUCGACAAUUUGGCGCCUCUUCGGAUUUGCGCAUACUAAGCCACAGUUCGUCCAGUGAGAGCAAUCGGGAGCUCGACCAUGUAGAGCAACACCUCCGCAACGCCUGGAGCCAAACUCUCAAGGUCGAAGCUGAGUCAGUAGGAUUACAAGACAAUUUCUUCGCUCUUGGUGGCGACUCUCUGGCUGCGAUGAAACUAGUAUCAGUCGGUAGAGCCAAUGGUCUUCGCCUCACUGUUGCAAAUGUAUUCCUACAUCCAACGCUCUCCUCCAUGGCGAAAGUCACAAACCUUAUCGACUCCGAGGAAAUAUUCAAUACGGCGACAUUCUCGAUGAUAUCACAGCCAGUUGAAACAGCCCGGCUCGAGGCUGCUCGUGCUUGUGGGUCAAAGGAACUUGAUGUCGAGGAUAUUUACCCUUGUACACCUACCCAAGAAGGGCUAUUCACAUUCUCUCUGAAGUCAGAUACGCCAUAUGUUGCUCAGAGAGUUGCUUGCAUACCAGAGAACAUUGAUGUCGCCGCUUGGAAAGAAGCCUGGGGGCACGUGGUUCAAGAAUGCCCUAUCUUACGUACUCGUUUGAUCCAGUCCUCAGAACCCGGUUUAUGGCAGGUGAUUCUCAAGGAGAAACUUACGUGGAGACACUCCGAUGAUUUAUCGCAAUACCUGGAAAUUGACAAGACGGAAAAGAUGGACCUUGGUCAAAGUUUAGCACGAUAUGCCAUCGUUACUGAUGCACAAGCAGGCAAACACUAUAUGGUCUGGACGAUUCAUCAUGUUGUGUAUGAUGGAUGGUCAGAGCCAUUGAUACUGAAGAAGGUCAGCAAAGCUCUCCAAGGGCAGUUUAUCAAUUCCCGGGUACAGAUGCGGGAUGUUGUCAGAUAUCUUCAGGAUAUCAAUCCCGCCGAUCUUCAAAGUUUCUGGCGUAACGAAUUGGAGGGCGCUAUCGGACCUCACUUCCCCUGGGCACCUUCACGAGAUUUCCUCCCGACUGCCAAUACCAUGCUUGAACAUCGAAUUCAGGUCGACAUGAGCACUAUAUCACGAUUCACGUUGGCAACCAUUAUUCGAGCAGCAUGGGCUCUCGUUGUAUCCUGCUAUACGAGCAGUAGCGAUGUUAUCUUCAUCGAGACUCUGACGGGACGGGACAUUGCCCUUCCUGAAGUCGAAGAGAUCGAGGGUCCUCUCAUCGCCACCAUCCCGAUUCGUGUUCGCAUCGAUAGAACAGCUACAGUGGAGGCAUACCUACAAGCCGUGCAGGAGGGUAUGCUUGCCCGUACUCCUUUCCAGCAUUUUGGGGUGCAGAAUAUCAGGAAAGUGAGUGACGAUGCUCAAUACGCCUGUGAAGCACGAACUGGUCUUGUAAUCCAGCCCGAACCUGAGUACUCAACUGCCGCUCUUGGGUUUGAACAAGGAGAUGUGGUCAGAGAAGCGCUCCACUUCAACCCAUACCCACUCAUGCUGGGAUGUGGCAUCCAAAAAGAUGGUUUUAGAAUAUGUGCGAGCUUUGACAGCACUCUCAUCACUGCUGUGCAAAUGGAAAGGAUAUUUGCACAGUUGGAGACAGCGUGUACACGACUGACUGAGAGUGUGUCUACACGAUUGGAUCAUAUAUGCAUUAUGCCUGAGAAAGAACUUGACCAGAUCUGGCAUAUGAACCGUCUUGCUCCCAUGUCCUUGGAGAGGUCAUCGACUAGACUUCGUGCGAGAACAGACGUUGAGCCAGACUCAAUCUAUCCUCCAGCAGUCGUUUCCUGGGUGUGCAAUAUCUGGAACCCUUCCUUUCUGUCACCGAUCGAAUGCGCGGGUGAGCUUUGGCUUGAAGGAGAUUUUUUCCCAGGCGAAACAGUCAACUCUCCUUCUUGGCUUGUCGCUGGAAGCACCAAUCAUGCAGGCCGGAAUGGUAAAGUACAUGCCACAGGUGAUAUAGUCCGAUUACGAGAAGAUGGCAGUCUCCUAUAUGUUGGACGGAAAGAAGAUGUCACUUCCUUAAAUCACUUUGCGGUGAAUAUUUCCGAAAUCGAAGCCCAUUUGAGGAAGCGUUUACCACAAGGAUACCAUGCUACAGCUUCGCUAAUCCAGAAAGGGUCAGAGAAUGAGGUUAUAGCGCUCAUAGAAUCGGAGCCUACUCAAGACACCAGUGUGCAGCUGAUGUUUGCAAACCUCAAGGUGACCUGUGACGGUCCGGCUUCUCAAGAACUGACCAUGACACUAUGCGCAAGGAUAUCUGCAGGUCUUGCCGUGAUCCUGAAAGAGCUCAAAAAGUCACUCUCUGAUACCCUUCCACCGUACAUGGUGCCUUCUGCUUAUGUCGUGGUUGAUAAGAUCCCUUCAGAGUCAGACGGAGCUGGUCGUUCUGUGUUGAGUCAGUUGGUCUCGAAAAUCCCUCAAGAUAUGCUCGCGAGCUCACAAGAAAACCUGAAGAGUGAAUGGGCGAGGAUAUCAGGACAAAGAAAUUUGACUGAUGGCGAAAGGAUCCUGCAGUCAUCUUGGGCGACUAUCUUAAGACUUGACUCGGAUAAGAUUGAUCUCGACGAUAACUUUUUCCGUCUGGGCGGGGAUUCUGUGCUCGCAAUGAAACUGGUUUCCGAAGUCCGUUUGCAGGGGUACAUGUUGACAGUCGCUGACAUAUUUCAAAAUAUGCGUCUCCGUGAUGCUGCAAAAGUCUUAAAGGUGGCCCAAGCAACAAAAGACCAGAUCCAACCCUACAAGCCUUUCUCGACACUGAAAAACCUGAACAUAGGCUCCUUCCUACUCAGAGAGGUCAGGCCAAGGCUGAGUAAUCCUCAGUGGUCUAUCAAAGAUGUGCUCCCCUGCACAAGCUCACAAGUUCUGGAUAUCAAGGCGACAAUCCAAGUGCCGCGGGCAUCUGUUCAGUAUACUAUGCUCUACUUGGAUGACUGGGUGGAGCAAGAGCGCCUGAUGCGUGCAACCGACGAACUGGUCAAGUCUCAUGAUAUCCUGCGAACGAUAUUCAUCGAACACGAGACAUCGUUCUAUCAAGUGGUCGUGGAUGACUUCGAGACGCCCUGGAGCAUACAAAGUACGACAGAGAACCUCGAGCGGUACGUAUGCAAGCUGUGCGAGCAAGAUAUCGAGUCAGACUUCUCCCUGGGCUCGUCUUUUCUGAAGAUCUUCUACGUUCCAGGCAAUGAGGGCAAGGCAUGUUUCAUCCUUCGGCUAUCCCAUGCCCAAUUUGAUGGAGUCUCUCUGCCGUUGUUGCUUCGGGACUUUGAAACACUCUAUACAGGAUACAAGCAGCCACUUACCAAACAAUUCACCUCAUACGUCGCACGAACGUAUGACGAGACUCUUCGAAGCGCCGCUAAUAAUUACUGGCGUGAUCUUCUGGAGGGUUCUUCGCUGUCACUAUUGGAUUACGGACCUGUCGAAACCACAGAUAAAGCAUUGUUUUUGACUUUGCCCGUCGACAUAGCACAGCGACUGGAGGAGACAACCACUGCAAGCUUGCUUGUUGCAGCUUGGGCCCUGGUGUUGGCACGUCGUCUGCAGAUUUCGGACGUAACGUUUGGCAAUGUCACUUCAGGACGACUUCUGGAUCUCGACGAAUCCGAUCAAGUAAUAGGACCCUGUUAUCAGUUCACGCCGGUUCGAGUCACAUUUGAGGAAUCGUGGACUGUUUAUGAUCUUUUGAAAUCAGUGCAACUGCAAAUGGCAAAAUCAUUAGUGCACGAAUUCUUGGGCUUCGAUGAAAUUUCCAGAAAUUGUACCUCGUGGCCAGCAUCGGACAAGUUCUUCGACUCUAUCGUACAUCAUCAAGACUGGGAGGAUUUUGAUACAAUGCCGUUCGCCGGAGGUACUUGCACCGUGGAUAUCAAGAACCCUCACGGCGACUCAGCGUAUCCGUUAAAGGUUGUAUCACUUCUUCGCGAUGGUCAGACCCAUGUCGGUGUUGUGGGAAGUGAAAGAAAUUCACAGGUUGUGCGUGGAAUCUUGGAUGAUUUGGUCAAGGUGGUAGAGAACCUGGCCGAUCCAGACGUCGAGAAGAAGAAGAUUUUAGUAUCGAGUUUGAGAUAG